AUUCAAUAAUAAUACUCUCUGAUUCAAUACUCUCAUGACCCUGCUAAAUCUCAUCUCAGAACCUUUUGGCCCUUAUCCAGAUGCGUUUAUACUAUCCCAAGACCUUCCAAAACUGAUUCGUGCACCAAAGAAACUCGAAUUAAGAAAUGUUUACAUGAAAUCCAAGAAAAAAUCUACAGGCUUGGACGAAACAGAGUACGUCGCAACACCUCCCAAGAAUACCCUAUCUGUACAGUUCUUUGGCAUAUUGAAAAUUGAAGACCUACGAUGGCUUUCACCCCGAGGCCACGAAGCACUUCAGAACGCAUUGCGUGAACGCGACGAAGCACAAAAUAGUAAUAUCGAGGAGAGUAGACUGACCCUCAAGAGUCUAUAUGGAACAGCACCGGGUACAGGGUCCAAGAUUUCCGUCUGGAUUUAUUGUAAAAAGAAUCAUCAAGCUUCGUUUCUCAGUAAGGAAGGUCGAUACGAAGACGAGCUGGUAUUUCCGACCAGGUUUGGUACUCCGAGACCGAAACCUGUUUUUUGGAUCAUCCGCUCAUUGGAUAUCAAGACUGCUGCUCUAAGUCGUAACUAUUUAGAACACUGGAGAUUUUACGACUUCGUGAAGCAACUCCAUGUACAAGACCCUUCUUAUCCAUUGAAGAAACGUACUUCCAAACGCAUCAUGCUCGCUCUAAAACGUCGGUACCAACUAGGAGCAAAGCAUCACCGCCAUGACUUUGACCAGGACCUCGAUUCGGAUGUCGACGAAGAAGGCAAUACUACACUUCCUCGUCGUCCUCGACACCUCUCCAGUGCUGAAGUUUACGGAGUCAUGGCUUCUCAUGCAGAAUGGUUUCUGGCCCAACAGCUUGCAACUUCGCACACCAGCCAUACUUACGUCAAUCUGAAGUCGUGGUACAACUUUUGUCUAAAGCUAGAACAAGCGAAACCUGAGAAGCGGAGGUUACAACGCGAGACACAAUCAUGGAGAAAAUGGGGAUGGGGUGACCCGUAUAUACCUUAUUCGAAGAAGAAAUCUUUUCAGCAAAAGCAGCGACCUUCAAAAUCCGGCUCUAUUGAUCUGUCACGAUUUGGAACAGUUCCAGGUGGAUGGGAAACACGAAUCGAGAGGCGAUGCAUUAACUAUGAAUUUCCCGAUGUAUUUGACGAUGAAGGUUACCCGGGUGUAGAACAAGUCUCCGAAUAUGACGACGCCCAUGGUCGACCGAUCUAUGAUAGUGACAUGUCGCUCGAAGACGCACCGGCGCCUCCCGACUCUGAUUCCGAUUCCGACUCUGAUAUCGACGUUCAGUGGGUAAAAACAAUUCCACGGUGGUUGAUGGAUGCUCCUGUCAUACAUCCUGGCCAAGUCAAAUGGUGUUGCCCCGACCGAGACUGCGAGUAUUCUCUGGACCUCCUGGAAUUGCCCAAGUCAACUAGAUUUAGUGGUCCCGAGCAUGACUUUCUACGGGAUGAAUCGCUAAUAAUUAGUGGAAUGCAAGUGCAGGAACUCCUGUCGUCGGUCAUAGAAGAACAUUAUAAUGAACACAUAAUGCGCCUUGGAUAUGUUGUUCUCCGAAAAACUAGAAAGAAUGGAUCACUGAAGGUCAGCAUAGACCGUUGGCAACCUGAUGAAAAAUCGGAAGACGAUGGCGAUGCCAAUCAAGUGGAGUUGGACAUCAAGGAGGAGGAUAUGGACCUCAAUUAGGCCAUAAGUUAACCUACAACGCCUUGACUAUUCUCGUGUUCCUUUCUCAUGACAAAGACCCUCGACAACAGUCUUCAUUACUCUCAAAACAUUACAACAAGUAUAUGACUAUCUUAUCUCUAACGUCCAGCUGGAUCGUGAAUAUUGCCAUCGAAAGUUACUCCCGAUGUUCCCGUGGACGCAUUUGCACUUGCGGUGGAGGUAAUGCUCGCGUCAGUGCUGUCAGUGCUAGUAAUCAACGUCGCAGUAGCACUAGCUGUGGCGGUAUCUAUGCUAACAGUGGCACUGAUCCCUGUGCUAGUAGCUCCUGAACUACUGAAGGUAAGUGUCGAACUGUCGGCACUAUCUGUGCUAUUUGUCGAAUCGCUGCCGGUCAAAGUAGAGUUGGUGGUAUCCGUGCCA